ACCAACUACUCACUAGCAAACGAGUGCGAGCUGCGUUCGCGAGCGAUUUAUAUAUUUCGAUAUACAGUCGCGAUGUGUCCGUAAUUUUGUACGUGUAUAUUCGCCAAUUGCAAGAGAUAUCAAGUGAAAAACUUUCGGAAGGUGUUUGUAUUGUAACACCAAUGAGUCAUACGGUUUACGCCGUAAUUGGUAGAAGAUUAGAAUCCACGGAAUCUGAGGACCACAUUAGCACCACGCCAGCGCCUCCCGAUAUCCAGAAAUGUCUCUGCCCCGGGAGUUCGUUUAUAACAAGGAGUUGUCAAAACUGGAAGGUGGCCUCCUUGGGUCUUCAGCGCCGCCAACAUCGCUCGCACCAGUGUCCUGCUCCAUUGAUCUACCUGGAGAUGCCAUCACAGAGGCGGUGCUGUCACCAGACACAGCGGGGUCCCUGCUGUCGAUACAAUCCGCGCCUCCAGAGCAGAGCGAAAGAGUGGAGCAGAGGGAGAGGCCAGUCAGUCUGCUUUUAGAACUGCCGCUUGCGUCUCAAGUCGGAGCAUAUCUCUCAGCUAUGUCGCCAACGGAGCAAGAGGAGGACUCGCUCCUAACGCUGUCGUCGGUGACUGCGCGGCCGCUGCUAGCUGUGUCGAGGAAAUUAAGGCCGCAGAGUGAUUCUACUGACACAUCUCCGCCAGACGGUGGGUACGGGUGGGUGGUUGUGUUUGGCGCUUUCAUGGUGCAGUUCUGGGUGGCCGGCCUCUUCAAGUCCUACGGCGUGCUGUACGUGGAAAUCAUGGAGUCGUUCCCGGAUUCAUCUGAGAGCGUCGCGUCUUGGAUACCGGCCGCUCUGUCCACGUUGUGUUUGGCUCUGGCGCCAUUGUCGUCGGCGCUUUGUGAAAAGUACUCCUGCCGGCUGGUCGUGUUCAUUGGUGGGCUGUUCUGUGCCACUGGUCUGGCGCUAUCCUACUUCAGCACUGGUCUACUGCAUUUGCUGUUGAGCUUUGGUGUUAUGACUGGUAUUGGCGGCGGUCUGUCUACUACGCCAGGCAUUGUGAUUGUCUCGCAAUAUUUUGACAAACACCGAGCAUUGGCUAACGGCAUAUGUGUGAGUGGGACGGCAGCUGGUAGUUUCGUGUUUCCGAUGCUGAUCGAGAAAUUGGUGGACGUGUACGGAUUGCAUGGGACCGUGCUGUUAUUGGGCGGUGGUAUGUUGCACGUGUGUGUGGCGGCCACGCUGUACCGGCCGCCCCCCACGCCGCGCGCCGCCACCCCCGCCACCACCACCACCACCGAGAACACCACGCUGCUCAAUGAUAUACAGGAUGGUAAGACGCUCCCACUGAAGGACAACAGACUACAGAACCUAUUCCAACCGGAACCUGAGUUGACUCUUAACCAAAAGAACGCGCUGUUGAACGAGGACAAACGGACAAACUUGCUGACGGAAAUCAUCCAUCCCAGCUUGAUUGAGGUCGCUCGGCCGCCAUUGCCGUGUCAAUUAUCCGACUCCGAAGACUCCGAGGGCUUAGACGUUCUGGGAGUGGUUGGAUUACCUCGCGAAGUGGCCCGUCUGCGCCUGCGCCCCACACGAUCCUCCUCCAUCCUGCAUUCGGUGGAGGACCUCUCCACUGACAGCACUUGUGUGUAUAAAGCGAGCAGACGGAAACUGAGCCGAUCUCUGUACAUAAAACCGCCGCUACCGUGUAGAAUUAUUCCCAAUAAAAUCGUGGAGCCGGAGAACGUGAAAAAAGACGCAGAAGACAAGAAAGAAGAGAACGUAGAGGAAGAAGUUAAGAGUGGAUGUGUGGGGACUAUAUCUAGAUAUCUCGAUGUGUCGCUGCUGAAGUCGUGGCGAUUCGGACUCCUGUGCACUUCCGUAGCGCUAAUGUCCUGUGGGUCUCCGUACGCGCUGUACUAUCUGCCCGCGUAUACUGUAGCCGCCGGGCACAGCAAGGCGGCCGCCGGUCGCCUGGUUGCAAUUAGUGCUGUGCUAGACCUCUGUGGUAGGCUGGGUCUAGGCUGGCUGUGUGACCUGCAUCUGUUUUGCAGAAGGAAGGCGUAUAUAAUAAGUAUCCUGGUAGCCGGAAUAGCUGUUCUGACCUUACCCAGCCUGACUUCUUGGUGGGCGCUUGCGGUUGCUUCAGGUGCCUAUGGGUUAUGCCUCGGCUGCUGGUUCCUACUCGUGCCGGUGCUUCUAGCCGACGCUUUCGGUACAGCGCGAAUUGCGUCAUCCUAUGGCUUGGUGAGAAUGUUCCAGAGUCUGGCAGCUGUAUCCGUACCACCCACGGCUGGUUUAGUGCGUGACGUCACAGGCGGUUACUCUUGGUGUUUCUAUGGCAUGGGUUCUUGUAUGGUCCUAGGAUCGAUUCCCGUCAUAGCAUUCCAUAUCGCGACGAAGAAUAAGGAGAAGGAGUGAAGGAUUCGUUCGAAAUAUAAUUUAUCGGUACCAAUGUCUCCCAAGAGGGUGUUAUGGCGCGUAUAUAUUUGACAUGUAUUGUCAUGUCAAAUUUCGCGCCAUUUUUUUAUAGAUAAUCUUAACCGUUUCUUUAUUAACUGUGGAUUAAUUGUGGAUGACAAGCAACGACAAAUAAAUUAAAUUUCAAUGAAAGCGAUAAGUGUUAUAUAAA